UAAGGCUUUAGCACCAUAGAUCAUAUACAUACCCUUCGGCAAACUGUACAGAAGUCCGAGGAGUACAAUUUACACCUAUGUCUGGUGUAUGUGGACUAUGAGAAAGCCUCUGAUUCCGUUGAAAUUUGGACGGUGCUGCAGUCCCUUCAGUGGUGCCUAGGUGACUGUCGGUAUAUCGAAGUGCUGAAGUGUUUGUACAGUAGGGCUACGAUGGCUAUCCGAGUACAGAACCAGAGUACGAAGCCUAUCCAACUGCAGAGAGGUGUAAGACAGGGUAACGUUAUAUCCCCGAAACUUCACCGCUGCAUUGGAAGACGUUUUCAAGUUUCUGGACUGGAAAGGAUACGGUAUUAACAUCAACGGCGAAAACAUCACUCACCUUCGAUUUGCGCACGAUAUAGUCCUUAUGGCAGAAUCGCUGGAAGACCUAAGCGCUAUGCUCAAUGAUAUAUUGAGCAUAGUAAUUAGGUUAGGAGCAAUAGUGCCUCCCAACCUAUGUCUUAAGAUGAACAUGGACAAAACAAAGAUCAUGUAUGACGUCCAUGUCACAUCUAUGCCGGUAGCUGUUGGGAGCACUAAGCUCGAACUCGAAGUUGUUGACGAAGGUAAGACGUGGUCCUUCACUGCUGGCCGGAUGAGAAAGCUCAAGGUGAAGCUAUGGUGAGGGCUCGGAGUUUCUCUACGUGAUAAAUUUAGAAAUGAGGAUAUCCGCAGAAGAACUAGAGUGACCGACAUAGCCCAAUAGAUUAGUAAGCUGGAAUGGCAAUGGGCCGGCCAUACAGCUCGAAGAACCCACAACCGAUUCGGAAAAAAGGUUCUCCGAGUGGCGGCCUCGUACCGGCGGAUGAAGUGUAGGGUGUCCCCCCACUAGAUGGAGUGACGACCUGGUAAGACAUGCAGGACGUUGAUGGAUGCAGGUGACUCAGGAUCGUGCUUUGUGGCAUUCCUUGGGGAAGGCCUAUGUUCAGCAUUGGACUUGUGAAGGGCUGUAAUGUUGAUGAUGAUGAGAUAUAAUAUGGCCCCUAGAGGGGCGCCGAUGAAGUACUAGGCCAGACCUAACCUAGGACGCAGUCGACAUUUAAUCCGCCUCUGCCUCCGGACUUGAUAGAGUAACCUGAAAGUGUACUUCGAUGAGUGCUACUGGAACUCCUCGAAGAGUAGAAUUAGGUGUGGCGAAUUAGGCAUCGUUUUGUUAGUUAUGAUGAGACCUUACCUCCGGACUUGAAAGAGUGAUCUGAAGGUGUACUUCGAUGACUGCUACUGGAACUCCUCGACGAGUUGUAAUAGGUGUGCUGAUUUUGGGCUCGUUUUGUUAGGUAUGAAUAGACCUUACCUCCGGACUUGAGUGAGUGACUUGAAAGUGUACAUUUUUUUUUUUUAAUUUUUUCACUUUCAUAUGGGCAUUAUGAGUCAUACUCUUUUGGAUUUUCCAAACUUUUUUAAUUACAGUUUGACAUAAAAUUAUCAGAAAGUUGGAAGUAUAGUAAUAAGGUCAUUAGUGAAACAUUGUGUAUAUAAACUACUUUAAAAAGUUUAGGUAUAAUCAUGUUAUACGUAAUUUUUUAAUGCGCUUAAGGCAUGUAUGGAUUUACCAAUAGUUUUUAAUUUUUUUAAUUUUGUAGAACAUUUCUGUAUUAGUGGUAAAGAUUUGUCAAACACUUAUAAUUGUUUUACUAAUAGUGAAAAGUACAAAAAUUUCAAACUUUCCUUACUCGUAUCUCCUCAGUUUCAAGGCACUCCCCUUCUUGCCUCAGCCAGUAUCGGUAUCCUCGGAGUCGACAUAUCGAGUGACGUGCAGUUUCGUGGUCACUUGGAAGACAAGGCCAAAUUGGCCUCUAAAAAGCUUGGCGUGCUCAGCAGAGCGGGACAGUAUUUCAUGCCGGCACACCGUCUACAACUUUACAAGGCGCAGGUUCGGCCUCACAUGGAAUAUUGUUCCCAUCUCUGGGCAGGGGCUCCCCAGUGCCAGCUCCUUCCACUUGACCGCAUCCAGCGCAGAGCGGCUCGAAUCGUCGACGACCGAGCCCUUUCCGAUCGGCUCGAUUCAUUGGCACUGCGAAGAGAUGUUGCAUCCCUUUGCAUUUUCUUUCGCAUCUACCAUGGGGAGUGCUCUGAGGAAUUGUUCGGAUUAAUUCCAGCCGCCAAAUUUCACGAACGCACAUCGCGGCAGAACUCCCGAUACCAUCCACACCAUCUGGAUGAUUGGCGGUCCACCACUGUGCGAUUUAGAAGAUGUUUUCUUCCUCGCACGACUUCCUUGUGGAAUCGAUUACCAUCAGCGAUUUUUCCGGACCGAUACGACUUAGGGACCUUCAAGAAAAGAGCGUACUCAUUUUUAAAAGGCCGGCAACGCAUCUGCAAUUCCCUCCCUGGUGUUGCAGUUGUUCAUGGGCGGCGGUAGUCACUUACCAUCAGGUGAGCCGCAUGCUCGUUUGCCCCCUCUCCUAUAAAAAAAAACUCUCACUGACACACCUCUAGACAACAAAGGUCUAUCCAAUACAACUUACUACCUUCUAAUACUAAAUUCCAUUUUUCCUUGUUCUUACUUACUACCCUCUACUACUAAAUUGCAUGUUUCCAUGUUCUAUUUUCGUUUUAUCUUUAGUAUUCUCAGUAAACACUCUAAAAUUAUAAUCAGUCAUUAUUUUCAAUGUUUUUUCUUUAUAAAAACUUACAAUAUGGUGCCCAAUUAAAACUUAGCUGCUUCUUUUUCAGAUUUAUGAUCCAAUAACAAAAAUUGUUGCAAAGAACAUCUCCAAAUUUGUUGAAGCUGCAUAUGGUGGUUGUUUUAGAAGUGAUGGAAGACUUUUAGUAGCUGGAAGUGAAGAAGCAGCUGUAAAAUUAUUUGAUGUUCAAUCUAAAAAUGUGUUACGAGUAUUUACUGGUCAUACUGGACCUGUACAUAGAACAUUUUUUACGAAAGAUCAAACCAAAGUUAUUAGUUUUUCUGAUGAUAAAUCUGUAUGUUUGUGGGAUAUAGCUACAGAACAGAAACUCACAAACUUUUCAGAACAUGCAGAUUAUAUUAGAGCAGGUGCUCCAAGUCCAGUAUCUCCGGAUCUUAUUCUGUCUGGUGGUUAUGAUCAUGCAGUAAAACUGUAUGACUGUAGGACAAAUGGAACAGUUUUAUCUGUAAACCAUGGGUGUCCCGUGGAAUCCACAAUUUUUAUACCAUCUGGCGGUUUGUUCAUAAGUGCAGGUGGGACUGAAAUAAAAGUGUGGGACAUAUUUAAUGGUGGAAAGUUAUUAGCUAAUAUUUCCCAGCACCAUAAAACUGUAACAACGUUAAGGUUGUCAAGUAACAGUAGUAGAUUAAUGUCUGCCUCUCUUGACAGGCAUGUGAAAAUAUAUGAUAUAUCAACAUUUAAAGUGGUUCAUAAUAUUGAUUUUCCUAAUGCUAUACUUAGUAUGGCAAUAUCAGAAAAUGAUGAUGUUUUAGCGGUAGGAAUGAUUGAUGGUGUGAUAUC